CAGCCAAAAUCACAUUCUUUAAAAAUAUUUAAAAAAUACCCAAAACCAGAAUGUUGAGUGUCGCAGUUUUUUUCGGCUUAAUCGCUGGUUCCUUUGCUUUGAAUUAUAUCGAUGGAUCUUGUCCAGAUGUAACUCCUAGGAGUCCAGUUGAUUUGAAUCGGAUCGCUGGAGACUGGUGGGCAAUUCUGCGGGAUGAUAAAAGUUGGAAUCUUAUGGGGAAAUGUAUAAUGAACCAUUUUGAUCGACCUGUAGACGGCGUGGCGAGAGUUGUAUUCAAGAGUAUUUCAAAAACGACCAACGUAGCUUCACUGAUUGAAUCCAACGUAACUUUGAGUGCCGAUAAUGUAUUACAAUUCGUUAACCAUCUACCAGGUUGGGGUGACUCCGAACAAAACCAGAUUGUUCUUGAUGCAGAUCCUGAAAGAUAUGCUAUAGUCUACAGCUGUAAAAAUUACCAAAAUAAGUACCUUGAGAAAUUCUGGGUCUAUGCAAGAAAUAAAGAUGAUUAUGGAUAUUUUACGAACAAUCAAUAUUUGAUGCAAGUAUCAGAAAGUUAUGGCCUCAGAAAUCCAAAUUGGGUUAAAGUUGAUAACGAAAACUGUAUUUAAUUUUUUUUUAUGUAUCUUUUUAGAUGAUUAAAAAAAAUGAAUUAUAUCUUGUAA